GUGGCUCGUGACCUAGAUAAGAAUAGAACAUGGAAGCACUACAAAAUUACGUCGAUUCAAGUGAUUCUGACGAUGAUACAGGGCAACAGAAGGAAGAUUUUACGGCACAUUUGAAACCUAUUGGGCGGAAGGACAAUUUGGUCCCAUCAAAUCCUUCACAAGCCCUCUGUAUCGCCCCUGUGGUUGCCACAAAGGAUGAUGUAAAUCUUGUGAACCAUAUAGACUCUACAACAAAGGAGCUUGCAUACAACCCAACCUUUGACCAGCUCUAUGCACCUGAGGUAGGCCCAACCAACCCCUUUAAGACAGAGCAACAGAAGGCGAGGAAAAACAUGUUAACAGGAUUUGUUGAAGACAGUCACUUCAAUGCUUUCCAGUUUGAGAAUCAAAGGAGAACAUUCACAAGUUAUGGUUAUGCUGUAGACCCCAGCGUGGAGUCAGGGGAGCCAGAGACAGUCAUUGGAGAUGUAGAAAAGGAGAAGGAAGGGAAAGGCAAGACAGUGUUUGAGAGUAUAGAUGUGAGGCCUGGAGACAAGAGAAAAAGAUUAAAAAACACUGAUGCUGGAGACAUAGAUGGCUAUUUGGGACCUUGGGGCAAGUUUGUUGAUGAGAAAACAGUCAUUAAACCUUCAGAGGAGGAUCAGAAAGAUCUGGAUGUCAUUCUGGCAAAGAGAAACAAGAAAGGAAAACAAGUGGAGGAGAAACCUAUGGAAGAAAAAACAACUUUACACAUCAAAGAUGCAUUUGACUACCAAGGUCGAUCGUUCCUACAUAUACCUCAGGACGUUGGGGUGAAUCUCAAAUCAGAGGAACCUCCAGAAAAAUGUUUUAUCCCCAAAAAGCUGAUCCACACUUGGUCAGGACACAGUAAGGGUAUCGCUACUAUAAAAUGGUUCCCGCAAUCUGCACAUCUACUCCUGUCUGCUGGCAUGGAUUCAAAAAUAAAAAUAUGGGAGGUGUAUAAUGAGCGUCGUUGUGUAAGGACAUACAGUGGACACAAGCAGGCUGUUAGAGAUAUCUGCUUUAAUAACCCUGGGACUCAGUUCAUCAGUUGUGCAUAUGACAGAUUCUGUAAACUUUGGGAUACUGAAACAGGUGAAUGCAUAUCAAGAUUUACCAGUAAAAAGGUGCCAUAUUGUGUUAAGUUUAACCCAGAUGAAGACAAACAACAUUUGUUUGUGGCAGGAACAUCAGACAAAAAGAUUGUUUGUUGGGACAUACGUACAGGGGACGUAGUACAGGAAUACGACAGACAUCUGGGAGCAGUCAAUUCAAUCAACUUCAUAGAUGGGAACAGACGAUUUGUCUCCACUUCAGAUGACAAAAGUUUACGAGUUUGGGAAUGGGACAUACCUGUUGAUUUCAAAUACAUUGCUGAGCCAGGCAUGCACUCGAUGCCUUCAACAACACUCUCUAGGAAUGGUAAAUGGUUGGCAUGUCAGUCCAUGGAGAACAAGAUAGUGAUCUUCAAUGCCCUUGACAGGAUGAAGAAUAUGCGCAAGAAGGUCUUCAAGGGACAUAUGGUGGCUGGGUAUGCAUGUUCUCCAGAUUUUGCACCUGAUAUGAGUUAUGUGAUCUCAGGUGAUGCUGAUGGGAAGGUGUAUGUCUGGGACUGGAAGACGACUAAGCUCUACUCCAAGUUUAAGGCACAUGAUGAUGUGUGUAUUGCAGUAUUAUGGCAUCCCCAUGAGACAUCAAAAGUGGCAUCUGCAGGGUGGGAUGGACUUAUUAAAUACUGGGACUGAAAACAUCUGUUUUUUUUUUAUAGUAGUGAUCUCUCUGUUUUCUGUGUUGGAGAAUCUUCCAUUGGACGACAAAAUUGGACGCAAUAUUUAUACAAGUCAUGGAACUUUGAUUCUAUGAUUACUUUCUCUCAAUAUGAUUUUCACUCUUAAAAACAACCACAAAAAUCACUAAUUUUCCUGAUAAUAUAGAAGUCUCCUCUUAAAGUGAUCCUUCAUUUAUACCAAAAUGGCUGCACCCAGGAGCAGGAGUUUUCACUUCUUUGUUUAUUCAUUAUCAACAAAAUCUAGCCAUUUGUGAAAUAUUUGUUGAUCAUUGAGAAAUUAUAGUAGUUCUUGCAUUAACAUUCUGCAG